AUGGAGAGUUGUUCUGCUGCCUCAACACCUAUGACUUCCUCGAUGAAGCUUGACAAAGAUGAAGAUGGUCAAAGUGUUGACAUCAUUGCCUAUCAUGGGAUCAUCCGUUCUUUGCUCUAUCUAAUAGCAAGCAGGCAAGACAUCCUUUUCAUCAUUGGUGUUUGUGGGAGAUUUCAGGAUAAUCCUAAACAAUCUCACUAUGUAGCUGCUAAAAGAAUUUUGAAAUAUCUUAAGGGCACUCAAAAUAUGAGACUGUGGUAUCUGAAGGAUUCCAGUUUCAAUUUGAUAAGCUACUCUGAUGAAGAUUAUGCAGGUUGUAAUGUGGACAGGAAGAGUACCAGCGGAAUAUGUCAAUUUCUUGGUGACCGUCUUGUCUCCUAG